AUGCCGUGUGAUCCGUCCAAGGAAUCCUGCAAGGCUUGCCCUUGUUCUCAGGGUGAACCUCAAACCAUCAACAUUGAAGAUUGCAUGCGCGACCUAGAAUAUUUCCGCACUCGUACGCGGGAUCUAGAAAACAGACUGGGGAUCAACCGGGAGUGUUCUAGCAAACCAAAACCGCCAACGCCCAAACGGCCACUUCGAUCAUCCAAAUGGUUCAACUGUCAAGACGAUCCUGGCAUGACAGCCCUCUAUAUGGAGCGGUAUUUCAACUAUGGAAUCACCCGAGAGGAGCUGAUGUCCGGGAUGCCGAUUAUUGGAAUUGCGCAGUCAGGCUCCGACAUUGCUCCGUGUAAUCGUCAUCAUAUUGAACUCGCCAAGCGGGUACGCGAAGGGAUUCGCACUGCUGGUGGCAUUGCAAUUGAGUUUCCUACACAUCCGAUUCAAGAAACGUCGCGGCGACCAACCGCGACUUUGGAUCGGAAUUUGGCGUAUCUUGGUCUGGUCGAAGUGAUGACUGGUUACUUUCUGGAUGGUAUCGUACUUUUGACGGGGUGCGAUAAAACGACUCCUGCUUUUUUGAUGGCAGCUGCUUCCGUGAAUAUCCCAGCAAUUUGCAUGAACGUAGGCCCGAUGCUGAACGGCUAUUCCGAAGCAAGCCUAUGUGGGUCAGGUUCAGUGAUUUGGAAAAGCAGAGAACUUUAUGCAGCCGGGGAGAUUGACGAGAAAGAAUUCAUGGAUUACGUUUCUCAUGGAACCCCAUCUGUUGGCCACUGUAAUACAAUGGGAACAGCAUCAACCAUGAAUGCACUUGCAGAAGCCCUCGGCAUGGCGCUUCCAGGAUCAGCAGCCAUCCCGGCUCCGUAUCGACAACGGGGCCAAUGUGCUUACGAGACAGGUAAACAAAUCGUCGAAAUGGUCGAGUCAGACCGAAAGCCAAGUGACUUGAUGACACGCGAAGCAUUCGAGAAUGCGAUUGUGGUGAAUGCUGCUAUUGGUGGCAGCACGAAUGCUCCGAUUCACAUAAACGCGAUCGCGAAGCAUAUGGGCAUUGAGAUAUCGAUGGACGAUUGGGAUGAGAUCGGCGCUCAGAUCCCAUUACUUCUGAACAUGCAACCAGCGGGGGAGUUCCUUGGAGAGGACUAUUACCGCGCUGGAGGUCUUCCAGCCAUUAUGGCAGAGUUGUUUGAUGCCGGGAAAUUACAUCCUAAUAGCAUGACUUGCAAUGGGUGUACCAUAUAUGAAAAUACAAAUGGCAAGCAUUCGUGGAAUCGAAGUGUUAUCCGUCCAUUCCAAGAGCCGUUAUUAAAGGAAGCCGGCUUCAUUCAUCUCAAAGGCACACUAUUCGACUCUGCGAUAAUGAAAAUCUGUGCGGUGUCUCCUCAAUUUCGCCAGCGAUACCUAUCCGACCCUAAUGAUCCAGACGCAUUCGAGGGAUCAGUUGCCGUAUUCGACGGACCAGAAGAUUAUCAUCGCCGUAUAGAGUCGAUGGCUGAAAUUGAUGACCGCACAAUUUUGGUUAUGCGAGGCGUGGGACCGUUGGGAUACCCUGGAGCAGCUGAAGUCGUGAACAUGCACCCGCCAGGGCGACUGCUUAAGCAGGGUAUUGAUGCGCUGUUUUGCAUCGGUGAUGGGCGGCAGUCUGGGACUUCGGCGUGUCCUUCCAUUCUCAAUGCAACUCCAGAGGCUGCUGCAGGUGGGAAUCUGGCUAUUUUGCAGGACGGAGACAGACUUCGAAUUGACUUGCCAAAACGACGGGUGGAUAUUCUAAUCAACGAUGAUGAGAUCAAGAGGCGGAGACAGGAGUUAGAGAGCAACGGGGGAUAUCCAUUGUAUCCUAGCAGUACACCGUGGCAGGAAAUAUUCCGUCAGGAGACUGAGCAGUUGGGUGAUGGGAUGGUCCUAAGGAAAGCGAUCAAAUAUCAACGCUUAGCGCAACAAGAUGGGCCACGACAUAAUCAUUGA